GAGUGUGACACGCCCCGGCGACAUGGCGGCGCCCGGCAGGUGCUGCCUGCGGAGACUUCUGGCUCAGUUUCCCAGCUGUAUUUUUCCCAGGAUUGAUCAACGGACCUCAGUAGUUCCCUGCCUUGGAAACAUACCGCUAUCCAUUAGACCCUACGCUGCUGCUAAAACUGCAAAAAAAGGUUCAAAGGAUGCCAAGCAGAAAACUUCAGAUGCAGAGCCAGCAAAAAAAAAGAACACUUACAGACGAAAGUUAGCAAGCAAGCCAGUGGAUGAUGUGUAUUUAACAUGGUUGUAUGAAAGGCCAGUCUAUGAGGCAGAGGUGGCUGUGGACAUGCUGAAGAAGUUUCAGCAAUUGGACUUCACUUACCCAAAACAACAUGUAUAUGCUAACAUCACUCUGGAUAUGAUGCUAGAGAAGAAGAAAAAAGUGGAUCAGUUUGUUGGCACCAUUCUUCUACCAUAUCCUUUUGUAACUGAAAUCAAUAAAGUUAUGGUAUUCACAGAGAAAGCAGAAGAAAUUAAAAUAGCAAAAGAAAAUGGAGCUGCUUUUGCAGGAGGGACUGAAUUAAUCGAAAAGAUUUUGGAUGAUGAAAUCAAUGCAGAUUUUUACAUAGCCGUUCCUGAAAUAAUAGCAAAGCUGCUACCUUUAAAAAACAAACUAAGAAAAAAAUUUCCAAAGACCAGCAGAAAUUCUCUGGGCCGUGACAUUCCAAAAAUGCUGGAACUCUUUAAAACGGGCCAUGAGUAUGUGGUAGAAGAGGAGAAUCUUAUCGAGACAAGAAUAGCAACGCUGGAUAUGCCUAAUGAACAGAUAGUUGCCAAUCUGGAUGCAAUUAUUAAGGAUGUCUGUACGUACAAGCCAUUGAGCUAUGGCCCAUUUGUGCAACGCUUGAUUAUUCGAAGUUCAACGAGUGAAGGUUUAAAACUAAAUCUCAAGCGUUUUCUCCCUCAAGUAGAGGAAGUGGACAAAGAAGAUGUUAAAGAAACAGAAGCUCCAAGAUAGCCUAUCAGUGUAUUAUACUGCAAAUUCUCUUAGCAUUUUAUGUUCAAGAAUCUCCAGGAGUAUUUAAAAAUGUGUUUUCCUAUUAAUUUGUUUGAGUACUCUCAGAAAUUGGUGGUGUAGCCUAGAUCUCAUCUUUAAAAAAAAAAAAAAAAAAAAAAGUUAAUAAAUGUCAUGUUUGAGAUUUUGUUUUUAAUUCCUGCAGUAUCAAAGGUAUCUUUAGACUUUGAGACACUUGACAUUUCCUCCAUGUGCAGGUGAAAGCUUUCAUCAAGUUACGUUUGUUACACGUAUUGUGAUUUAACCAAAACUUACUUUAUUAUAAAUUCCCAUCAUUAUUGUAUAACCUUCCAGGGCAAUAGUCUCUUAAUUAUGCAUGCUUAAUUCUCCAUUACUGCUAAUGGGAAUGAUGGGCCCAAUCCUUCAAGGUGCUGAGUAUGCUCCAUUCCGGUUGAAACCAAUGGGAAUAGAGUACUUGGCACUUUGCAGGAUUGGGUCCUGUGUAUGCUUUAAUGUACACUAGUUGCACUAGUUCAUUUUGUUGGAGAUAGAUGUAGGUUUACUAGACAGAAAUGGGUCAAAUUCCACUCUCCGUAACAGCAGUAUAAAAAUUAAUAACUCCACUGCAGUCAGUUGGUGUUACUCCUGAAAUUUGCUGGAAAUGUCAUUCUGCUCUGCACAUGAUGUUUACAGGGGGAAGGGAUUGCCAAGGGAAGUAUAAGCUUUUCUUUGUACUUCUGUGAUCCAUGGGCCUUUGAGUGAAGGAUAGCCCCUGGGAUAAGAAGUCCUUAUCUUUUGUUAAGAUGAAGACAUUCUGUUAAAGGAAGAGAGAGAGAUCACAUGGAUAUACAUAAAUAUCUUGGUUUUUUUAGUUCUAAAACAGUUAACGACUGGAGCUUGGGUUCUAGGACCCUGCGAGGUGGCAGAGUACCAGAGCUGUAGCCAGAGACUGAACAUCUACACUGCAGUUAGACAGCCCCUUGGUCUGAGUUAACUGGCAUGGACCAGCCACAGGUGUCUAACUGCAGUGUAGACAUACCCUGAGAAGCCUUAUCCCCCCGCCUUCCAUCUGACACUAUAGAAGACCCCCCUUGCCCUGGGGGCUGGGCACAGUGAAGCCUGUGGCGGAGUGCUCUUCCUGAGGUCAUCUGUUUGUUUGCAGGGAUUUCCUUGCAUAAGAAUGACAAUAGUUAGCAUUCUCACAUAGAUUUCCCAUACAGACUCUGUAACAGCCCUGGGGUUGUAGGACAUGUAUGAGUAAGGAAUGAGUAGUAUCUGGGAGCUGUAUUGCUAUGGGCAUAGUGAUGGGCCAGACCUGCAUAUGUGCACUGCGGUUUGUAGAAUUUACCUGUGUACUUCAGGGCAGCUGGCAGCCCAGAGCCCCCUGACAGAACGAUGUAAAGGAAACUCAGUGACUUUCCUGUCUCUUCUGCAGGCUUUACCUGCAUGACCCUUCAAUUCUUGGCCAACAAAAAUGAUUAGAGUUGGCUGGAAGGUUUUUAAUUGAGAGAUGGCUUUUUAUUGUGAAAAAUAUGUAAAAAAAAAAAAAAAAAAAAUUGGUCUGGUAUAAGUAAAUGAAAAAUAGAUAGUUUGAUUACAAAAAACUCAAAAAAUGGGUCUGGUUUCAAACCUUUUAAACCGCCAACAGCUUUGGAAUUUUUUGCCGAAUUAGUGUUUAACUUUUUUGACCAGCUGUAGGGUUAUGCAAUUAGUUGAAUCAAUAACAUUGAAAGCUUUUGGUACCAACUAGCAGUUAACAUUAAUCAUUGUAAUUCAAAAUUGACCAUUAUAUUUACCUCAGAAUUGAUGUGAUUAAUAUGGUACAUGUGGACUGUAAUUACGUGCCUUUUUUCUCCACGAUGUACUUUUUGAGUAAAAGCUUUGAGACUGUAGCAUAAGAACUCAUGAAAUUUUAACUAGUUGUCCAAAAAUAAUUUUACUCCACUUUACUGUGUGUAGAAACAAACAAAACCCCCUCUACCAAAGCAUUAUAAACUCACUGAUCAUAACCAGUAGGUGGCAUUCAUCUUCUGUGCAGAACAGUACAACUUAAUUUGUCAUGAUGUGUUUUCUCAAGUCAUCAAAGCACAGAUCAAGAAAAUUGAGGCCAAGAACUUGACAUGAUUCAGAAUGGAAACUGGAUAUCCAGAAAUCUAGA